AAUUUCCAGUCUGUUAAUUUAUCUGCUUUUUAAUCUGCAACAUGAGCCGUGUUUAUAGUUUUAUAUUUUUUUUUAAGUCUCAUUUUUAAUUACCUCAAUGUGACGUCAUUAUUGCCCGCCACGCGGGGUAAACAGUGUGACGUCAUAUGUAUGGGACGCUGUUCUGCCGGUGGAGGAAUGAAGGUGAAAGAAUAAAAUUUAAAAAUCUACUGUUUUACCGAUUUAUUCUCCUCCGGCUAAAACCGACAAGUCACCUGACGGCUGACGUCACACAGGUGUGUUCAUGUUUCAUUGUUUUGUUGAAAAACGACACGAAGUUUCAGCGGAAACGGUCGAACCCAUCGACACGAGCCACGGAACCUCAGAGUGAUCCUGGUCCAGAUGUGACGCGGAUACAUCACGUGAUCAAAUGUUAACGUGGAUAUGAAUCAGUGCAGUGUCCAGGUGUAAACAUACCUGUGUCCAGGUGAAGCUAAGGAGCUGAGAACUCAGACCUUAGGGGAGUGGGGGUGACACCAUGUUGAGCUUGGGGGGGUCGCUGAGGUCCGGACUCCUGCAGUUCCGUCUCCUGCAGCUUCCUGUCCGAGGACUCUGUUCAGCCGUGAUCCACACGAAGUCACCUGCACCUGUAGGAUUCCCGUCAGUCUGUGGUCUCAGGACACCUGUCAGGACUGUGUCAGGUGUCGGCAGUGGAGCUGCAGGUGCUGCAGGUGAUACAGGUGCUGAGGGUGCCGCAGGUGCAGGUGUAUCAGACUGGUAUGGGGGCCUGGCGGACUCGGCUCCAGUCCACAUCUGUGAACACUUCCUGGUGAGCGUGCAGCAGGUCAGCGGGUUGCCGUGGUGGCUGAGUAUCGUCGUGGCGACGCUGUCGGUCAGGACACUCAUCACGCUGCCGCUCGCCGCCUAUCAGCUGAUCAUCGUCUCCAAGGUGGAGGCUCUGCAGGUGGAGAUCUCUGAGCUGGCGAAGAGGCUUCGAUACGAAGUUUCAAUCCGAGCAAGAGAGAGAGGCUGGACGGACAAACAGAGCCGGUUCCAGUUCCAGAAGAACCUGCGUCGUCUCAUUUCUCAGCUCUACAUCAGAGACAACUGUCACCCCUUCAAAGCCAGUCUGCUGGUCUGGGUUCAGCUGCCCCUCUGGAUCAGCAUCUCCCUGGCCCUCCGCAACCUGAGUCUGGAUCAGUCUGUGCUGCAGUGCGAUCUGGCAGCAGGGGGCACUCUGUGGUUCCCUGACCUCACUGCUCCUGACUCCACCUGGAUCCUGCCGGUCUUUCUGGGACUCAUCAACCUGUUCAUUGUGGAGGUGUUCGCUCUUCAGAGACUCAGUCCGACCCGGUUCCAGAAGCUGGCGUUGAACUGCAUCAGAGGAUUCUCGGUCCUGAUGGUCCCCAUAGCCGCCUCCGUCCCCUCAUCCCUGGCUCUGUACUGGUUCAUCUCCAGUCUGGUUGGUUUCAGUCACAACCUCCUCCUUCGUUCUCCACUGAUCCACAAACUCCUCCAGCUCCCAACUCAUCGACCAGAUUCUCCGUACAGAGACCUGCUGUCGGCCUUCAUCAGCAAAUACUGCAGAUAAAUACACACAGUACUGCAGAAUGUGAAUACUUCAUGAAUGUCUCAGGUCUGAUAUAAAGUCAUUUAUUAAAAACAUUUUUUCUUGCAUCA